UCCCGCCCCUACAGAGUCGCCCCACCUACUAGGUGUCGCCGGCUCGAUGACGCGCGGCGCAGGCGCAGUGGGUCCACGACGCCAGGACGGUUCCUAGCAUUCUUGAAAUCAUCCGUGCCUUCUGCCUGGGAAAAGAUGGUCAACGUCUUGAAAGGAGUGCUUAUUGAAUGCGAUCCCGCCAUGAAGCAGUUCUUGCUGUACUUGGAUGAGUCCAAUGCCUUGGGGAAGAAGUUCAUCAUUCAGGACAUCGAUGACACACAUGUCUUUGUCAUCGCAGAGCUGGUUAAUGUCCUCCAGGAGCGAGUAGGGGAGCUGAUGGACCAGAAUGCCUUUUCUCUGACCCAGAAGUGAAAAUUCUAGAUGUUGAGCACUUGGGAAUUACAAGCACAGGCAUGAAAGAGAGGGCCCAUUCGGUGUCUCAUACGACGUUUUAGACUUUUUAUGAGCAUUUUGUGGGAAAGGCUGCAGGAGCAUCUCAUCAGAUGAAAGCUUCUAACUGAUUUUGUUGGACCAUUAAAAAUAAUCUUUUUAAAGAAGAACUUUAACAAUUGGCUGCAAUUUGGCUUUUACUAUUUUUUAUUAAAAUGUAAUCAUAGUUGUGCUGGUGAGAUAGAUGGUUCAAUUGGUAAAGGCCUUGGUGACCAGGCCUAACAGCCUGAAUUUGAUCCCGGAGACCUACACAGUAGAAGGGAAGAGCGCCCACAGGUGGUUUUCUGGCCUCUAUGUACCUCCCUCCCACACAAAUAAGUAAAUGUAAUAAAACAUGAUCAUAAA